UACUCGAACGUAACUACUUACUACAGCAUGAUGACGGGUGCCUGGGGUGUCGCGGGCGGGUUCGCUGCUGCGGAGGUCUGCGCGCCGCUGCUGGUGCUGUGCUGGCUCUGCUGCUGGCCGGCUGAUGAUAGCUCUGAUACCAGUUCGGGAAAUCACCCACAAAAACCUGCAGUUGUAACUCAUGAAGUUGGUUCCCGGAAAAAAUCCCACGAUUGGACCAGCAAACGCUUCGGCAGCAGCGCUGUGUCUUUGCACUUACCAAGCACUUCUGGCACGAAGCAGCCGCUAUCAGCUCAUAGAAGUCACGAGGAGAUACGCGGAAGACGAAAAUCUCAUCACGAAGUAGUCGACGAUACCCGCUACCACUCUGCACCCAGCGUCAUAGACGAGGUACUCCAUAGACGAGACUGGGAGAGAUCCAACAAGGAUCUAUAUAUCCCACUCAAAUCCUCCAACAACAGCGAAGCCAAUAGCUCUAACGAAGAAGAGGAAGCAACCAAUCCAAAUGAAUUGACCGUUGAAAGAACUUGCAAGAAACACUACACGAAUAUCAAAUCGUCAAAAAAUAAAAAUAGUAACAAGGAGCUAUUGAAUGAGGAUAUCAAAGACAGUGAUGCUACAGAGGUCAGAGAGUCUCCAAGCUUUUAUAUUGGGGAAGCUACUGAUAUUUCCAACGAGAUUAAUGAUACUUCGGAAGUAAAAGAUAACGAAAUAUUUAAGCCAAAAGUAUCGAAACAAAACCUAAAUGAGUCAAUCAAGAGUGCAGACGUUAAGAAACAGUCGAUGCCCGAAUUCCAAAUAACUGGUACUGAAGAAACUGGGACAGUCGACGGAAAAGAGAUAGAUAGAUCGGGAGCAGUACAUCAUACCGUGGAAUCUCGUUCGAGUCUGUACAAUGUUCAUCCAGUGCCCAUUCCUCCUCCAUCCGUAGAGGCUGUAGGCUACGACUCGGAUGCGUCUUACUUGGCUGAGGAUGACGUGCUUGGUGCGUGGCGGCUAGACCGAGAGCCGGGGGUUAUGGUGGAGCGCGUGUGGGGACGAGCUAGACAUGGCAGUGCUGGAGAUGUGCUGGCACCAACUAUGCGACCACACUCCGCCGCUUUAUCAGAGAGUGACUUAGAUUACGAGCUAGAAGAAUGUGAUGAAGCACCACCCUCUUACGAUCAGCUCCAUCUUCUGUCCACGAGAGAACGGAAGGAGACUGCCAUAUAGACAGUCUAGUUACGCUAGAAUUAUACAGUGGUUUACAUAGUGUGAAAGACUGCGUGGACUAACACAC